CGUCAGAUAAGUUCGGUCUGGAUUUUUACGCACGCAUGAAGAAGCGCGGUAUCACCCGGAGACUCCAAACGAGAUUAUACGAAGCUCUCGGACACUCGCGUUCUUGUUUUUCCCCACACAAAGCCAACAUGACGGGCUCAGAUAUUUCCCAAAUCCUGAAGGAAGGAGAGCUUGAGAAGAGAAGCGACAAUCUCCUCCAGUUCUGGAAGAGAAAGACGUGCGUCCUCACCACGGACAGCCUGAACAUCUACGCCGAUAACCAGAAGAAAAGCAAGAGCAAAGAGCUCAAGCUUCAGUCCAUUAAGAAGGUGGAUUGCGUGGAGCGCACUGGAAAGUUCGUGUACUUCACCAUCGUGACCACGGACAAUAAGGAGAUUGACUUCAGGUGCUCUGGAGAGGAGAACUGCUGGAAUGCGGUCAUUACUAUGGCUCUUAUUGACUUCCAGAACAGAAAAGCCAUUCAGGACUUUAAAACACGACAGGAAAUUGAGAACACAUCUUUGGGAAAGCAGGACAGAUGCAAAGCCAGAGCACCGUGAGAAGUUCAUCCAAGCCAUACAUGAGAUAAAGCUGACUGAAUGUGGAGAGAAGCUUGGACCAAAGCAAGGACAAUGACGGCAUGUCUGGAAACGGCCCAUGGGCUGGAGGAAUGGAUCAGUCCUUAAAACGCUCCCUGAAGCUCUUUGGAAACCUGAAAUGAUUUCAAUGAGAAACCCAUGAAAAGGACUGAAUUCUUGAACUUGCUUAACCGCGAGGCUUUGGAUACAUACUUGUAAAUUUCUCUAUUUAUUUUUCCAAAGGAAUGCUGCGAAUACCGAUGUUGUAUUAAGUUAUUUCAUUAUGUAUUUAUUUAAAUAAAUUUUCAUAAAACUAA